AUGGGCGUUGUCAAGGUAGAUGAUUCAUCAGGUACGAAAAAUCCAUUACCCAAUCUUAUUGAUGCUGGGGUAAACAUGAUAGGUGAAAGUAUGGGGAAAAAGGUCAAGGAGAAUAUUGUUGAGGUUAAAAUCCCUUUGAAGAGGGUUUGGAAAGUAAUGGUGGGAAGAGGUUUAAUCGACUCGGAUUUAGUGAUAGGUGGUGAGACCCAAAAUUAUUGUGAGUUCCAUCAUGAGGUGGGACACAAAAUUCAGAGAUGUGAGGAAUUCAGAGCUCUGGUCCAGAGCAUGAUGGAUAAUGGAGAAAUAGAGUUUUUUGAAGAGGUUGAAGGAAAAGGAAGUAUAUGUGAAUCGGAGUCAGUGACGAGGAUUCCAAAGGUUAAUCAUCCUGUGAUUAUCAUCUCACGCCCUAGGGUUAAUGAGGUUAGGGCACAGGUGACGCUGAAGAUUGUAAUUCAGAAGCUGACAAAGUUUUCGUAUAAGGAUAGUAAAAAGGUCCCCUGGAAUUAUGAGUGCAAUGUAACAGUCUCGGGAAAGGAAGCUUCAGUCAGUGUUGCAAAAGAAAACCAAAAGAUAGGUUCUUAUACGAAUAAUGAGAAGCACUACGGUUGGAUAAAUGCCCAAGCAGAAUCGAAGGAGGGGAAAGUUUUUGCAGCAGAGCAAAAGGAAGAGAAGACAGUUGAAUCUAGGCCAUUGAUUAAUGAGCCAAUAAAGGAGGAAGAAGCCACCAAAUUUUUGAAAUUUCUAAAACACAGUGAGUAUAUCGUGGUAGAGCAGCUGCAUAAGCAACCAGCUCGUAUAUAUGUGUUAGCUUUACUCAUGAGUUCAGAGGUGCAUCAAAAUGUGCUAAUGAAGGUGUUGAACGAAACAUAUGUGGCAAGUGAUAUUUCUGUCAACCAAUUGGAUCGGUUGGUCAAUAAUAUAAGAGUCGAUAAUUUUAUCUUUUUCAAUGAUGACGAAAUACCAACUGGAGGUAUGGGGUCCACUAGAGCUCUGCACAUUACUACUCGGUGUAAAUGGUACAUGCUGCCGGGAGUUUUGAUUGAUAAUAGAUCCGUAUUGAAUGUAUUGCCCUUAUCUACUCUCAAUAGGCUACCUAUGGAUAGCUCACAUAUGAAAACGUGUCAAAAUGUAGUAAGGGCGUUCGAUGGAAUGGAAAGGAAGGUUUUGGGGAGAAUUGAGAUACCAUUGCUGAUUGGCCCAAAUACUUAUGAAGUGGAUUUUAUUGUAAUGGAUAUUAAGCCUUCUUAUAACUGUUUGUUAGGGAGACCUUGGAUACACUCGGCAGGGGAUGUGCCUUCAUCGCUACAUCAGAAGUUGAAAUUAGUGUCAGAAGGAUGGUUGGUGACAAUAAAUGCCAAGGAGGGUAUUAUUGUGUCAAUAACUAGUAGUACACCAUAUGUGGAGACGGAUGAGGAGGCGGUGGAAUGUUCUUUUCGGACCUUAGAGUUCGUGAAUGCAACACUUAUUGUCGAGGGGAAUAGAAUUCCAGUGCCGAAGAUAUCCAAGACUACAAUAAUGGGUCUUCAAUUAAUGGUGAGAAGAGGAGCUGUACUGGGAAAAGGAUUGGGAAGAUAUUUGCAAGGAAGAGUUGAGGCACCAGUGAUGAAAGAAAAGUUUGAUAGUUUUGGUUUAGGCUAUAGACCAGACAUAAAACAAAAGAGAAAGGAAAUAGAAAAAAGACAGGAGAGAAGAAGGGCACGCCUGAAUGGAAAUGAAGUUAAGUGGGAGCCUAUGGCUUUCCCUCACAUAUCCAGGACCUUCGCAUCGGGGGAGUUCAUCCAUCCUGAGCGAAGAGUAAUUAAAGUGAAAAGUAUUGAGGAAAUGCUGGGAGAUGUCCACAUCAAUGCCCUAGACAAAAUUGAGAGAGGGACAUUGCUAGAGAUUCGCCUUUACGAACUUGGAAGCGAGCUGAACAAUUAG